AUGUCUGUCAACAAGAACCCCGAGUCUAUAACACCGGCAACGGGGGAAUUUAGUAGCAGGGUCCCUCGGUCAGAGCCUCUCACAACCAAAGGACACGCUCCUGGCGUCAAGGUAGGCAACGACGCUAAACCUGAGUUCCACCUCGAAACGCACUCCCCCGGCACAGCCCCCGCAGACCGUUCCUUUGCGCCGCAGCCUCAACACGAGAUCCCCGGGCAGGCGCUCAACCCAGACAUGCAAAACGGGACUUCUGUAACGCAGACACUACCCGGCGCUACGUCGGCGGAUGUGCACCAGGGGUACGGACACCCAGGUGAGGGGAUGACGAGCAAGGAGCUUCAUGGAGGCAAGCGCAAGCAUGCCGGCGCUGGUCUCGAGGGUGUGGGUGCGAAUUCUUCGGAUCCCAUUCACGAACGGGGGCUUGAUAUCGACCACGAGAAGGGACAGAGGACUACGUCGGGUAAUACAGAGGAAUGGCAGGUGGCGGAGGAGAGGAUUCCUGUCACCGCGGAGGAGCUUGCCAGCGAGCUUUAA